UUUGUGCGUUUCUGUGUGUGUUGUGUGAGUGUUGUGUGAUGACGCGUUGAUCCGCAAGCCAUAAGGGGAUCGAUGGAGACCGGUAUAGAUGGAGACUUACUGAUAGAGGGAGGAGAGACAUUGUGGCACUAGAACUGUAGUGCAUGGGAAUAUCAAGUAGAGAAAGCGAUAAAUAUAGCUUCAACAAGGAGAGAGAGCUCGGGCUGUGAAUUCGCGGACGACAUGAGAGCUCUACAUGAAUAGUAUACAAUGCUUUAAAACUCAGCGUUUUGCUUUACAAACGUGUUGUCCGAAGACAGCCACUAAAACGGGACUACACAUCAAAUUUAGGCAGUAGGGGGCAGCAUGCCUGAGCAGAGUAAUGACUACAGGGUGGUGGUGUUUGGAGCGGGGGGAGUGGGGAAGAGCUCCCUGGUCCUACGCUUCGUUAAAGGCACCUUCAGGGACACCUAUAUCCCCACUGUGGAGGACACCUAUCGACAGGUGAUCAGCUGUGAUAAGAGUGUGUGUACGCUCCAGAUAACUGAUACAACAGGCAGUCACCAGUUCCCUGCCAUGCAGAGGCUGUCCAUAUCUAAAGGACAUGCCUUCAUACUGGUCUACUCUGUAACCAGCAAACAGUCACUGGAGGAACUCAAGCCUAUCUACCAACAGGUGAUAGCCAUAAAGGGGAACAUAGAGGCCAUCCCCAUCAUGUUGGUGGGCAACAAGAGUGAUGAGACCCAGAGAGAGGUGGAGACUAAAGAUGGAGAGGCACAGGCGACCACAUGGAAGUGUGCGUUCAUGGAGACGUCAGCUAAGACCAACCACAACGUGACCGAGCUGUUCCAGGAGCUGCUCAACCUGGACAAGAAGAGAAACAUGAGUCUCAACAUCGACGGGAAACGGUCCGGAAAACAGUCCAGAGCUGAGAGACUGAAGGGAAAAUGUAGUGUCAUGUAGAGAGGGGGAGAGGAGAGGGAGGGAAGGAAGGAAGGAGGUCACAAGGAAGACAGAAAGUGAGAGGAUAAAAGACGCACAGAAGAGGGGGAGAGGAAGAGAAGAGAGAGACAGAGAAGAGUAAAGAGAGGACCACUGGUGGGUUCUAUACCUCACCCUCUCAGUAUCCUCUCUCGUCUCCUGUCUGCCUGACCAGGGUCCUAACCCUCCAUACAUUCCCAUUGUAGUGAAAAGAUUUGGGGGGGGGUCUGAACACGACUCGAACCCGCAACCCUGCAUCUGUCAGCAUCAGUCCAACACCUCAGCCAUCACGCCGUGAGGUCCCAACCUCUUAGCGAGGUCACUAGAUGUUACACUAGGGACACUCCAACAUAAUGUACAUAUCCUAUGAAUACAUGGCCUCCCUCCCUAACACCUCUGAAAGACACAGACAGUAUACCCCCGAACCGUCUCUGUCAUCAUGCAAAAUGGAGAAUCCUCUUAACUCCUCAUUCAAGUGGCUUCAAAAUGGAUCGAAAUCAUUACUUGAACUGGAGAAACGUUGAACUUGUGACAUCAACAAUCCCUCUAAGACUUUAGCUCAGUGACAAACAAGGGAAGGGCAGUGGUUCACGUCUGACUUGGAAUCCGAGGAAAGGGAACCUGGGAAAGAAAGACUGAAAUGUUAAGAAGUCUACCUGGGACACUUGGUAGUUGGACUGAAAUGUUAAGAAAUCUACCUGGGACACUUGGUAGUUGGACUUUGGUUGGAUAGACGAUGGACUUGAAACGUUUGGAGUGGACUUGGAACAUGUGAAGAGGUAUUAGAAAAGUUUGUUGUGGGAUUUGGACUGGGAAUACUGCGGAUGAUGUCGUUGGGAAUGUUUGCGUCGGUUGACUUUGGCCCUUGUUGUUUCAUGUGAGGAGCCUUUCUGUUGGCCUUGUAUUUCCCAUACCAAGCAGCUGAAUCCUCUUCGUACACAGAGAAGCACAGAGAGGAUGGAGUGACGACUACUCGACGGAGGGAAGACACUCCAUUAGUUUAAUGCCAUGCAAAUACCAUCACAUUGCACUUUAUGUCUCACACACACACACAAAUAUAAAUGCACACACACACACAUGCUUUUUGGAGACCAGUGGUCAUUCACCAAGUGUAUUCCUACAUAGUAUGUAAAUGAAAAAGGAGUGAUGUAAUUAUAUUAUUGUCCCAAACACCUCUAUUGGUUUAUGUAACGCAAUAAGGUUGUUUGUACGAUCUAGGAUCAGCUUACUCCCCAAAUAAUAACUUUAACCAUUAGGGGGGAAAUGCAAAACUGAUCUUAGAUCAGCAUUUAUGGACACAGUCAUCCUACUUACUAUACAGGAGAGCUAAAAGCACAAUCAUUUGAUUGAUGUUGUGUUUUUGUUUUACCAUGUUCCGUUAUCUAUCUUGCAGAAUAAAUGACGGCCAAUAUAUUUUGGACAGAGGUGGAGGAAGGAGGGAGCAGCUAUCCUGUAGUUAUUAUUCCAGGUGACUUGUAAUGUGUACAGUAUUUAAACGUGUGUGUAAAGAGCACCAUAAGGCUGUGGGUUGGUUAUAUAGCACGGUAUUGUAACAAAGCAGACAAAAUGGUUAAGCUGCAUCGCAAACGGCACCCUAUUCUCUAUAUAGUGCACUAUUUUUUUGACCAGAGCCCAUAUGCUCUGAUGUAAAGUAAUGCAUUAUAUAGGGUACCAUUUAGGACAUAAACUAUGUAAGAGAACCCGGAUCUAAACUGGACCCAAAGAAGUAGAAAACACCACUUCAUAUCUCUCUAAAAAAGAAGCACGGAAUUGAUUAGUGUUUCAACCAGGGAUUUAAUUUUCAAUUCGGAAUAUUAAUUGAAAUUCUGUUCAUAAAAGGAAAACUCUGUCAUUGAAAAAACAAUGAGCAAAUUGAAUAGACUGAAUUAGAAAGGGAAUGGUCUCCAUCACUGUGUAUAGGGUAUUGAGAAGGUAUGUUGUGUUGCUAUGUGCUGUGUUAUACUUAUGGCCCAAAUGUUUUCCUGAGCUCAUGCCCUGACCAGGAAAACGCUGAUCCCCAGUUGUAGGCUAUAGCUAAGGCUCAGGGUUGUUCCUGUUCAGAUCACAUGCUCAGGAAAAGGUCCUGGAUCUGAUUAGAAAACAGUGUUCUAGUGCAGUAUUACACUAGAACUAUAAUAUAGUAUACAGUCAUUUAUUAUUUAGAUCAGAUUGACAUAACCCACAUUUUAGUGAAUUAUGUGAAACAUUCUACAUCAAAUAGUAUCAAACUAGUAUGUCGAGUGUGGUGUGUGUGUGUGUGUACAGUGUUAGAUUGAAUAGGCACAGACGCCUCUACCCCAUCCUCCCACAACCGGUCUCAUUGCAUCUGCCAAAGGCCAAUAUUCAGUGUGUGUGUGUGUGUGUUAAUGCGGUUUUAUGAAGUGUCGGUCAGAGGUUCCCUGUGGAGAUGACCCACACGUUCUGCAUGAGUCAGACUGCUCAGGCUCAUGCACACACAGUGGUGGAAAAAGAACCCAAUUUUCAUACUUGAGUAAAAGUACAGAUACCUCAUUAGAAAGUUACUCAAGUGAAAGUCACCCAGUAAAAUACUACUUGAGUAAAAGUCUGUAUUCUGUUCUAAAUAUACUUCAGUAUCAAAAGUCAGUGGACUUGGUCAAAUAUACUUAAGUAGUAAAAGUCUAAAUAAUUUCAAAUUCCUUAUAUUAAGCAAAGCAGAUGGCACUGUUUUCUUGUUUUUAACAUGUACAGACAUCAUUUACAAAAGACGCAUUUGUGUUUAGUGAGUCUGCCAGAUCAGAGGCAGUAGGGAUGACCAUGUGUUCUCUUGAUAAGUGCGUGUGAAUUUGACCAUUUUCCUGUCCUGCUAAGCACACAUGUAACAAGUACUUUUGGGUGUAUGGAGUAUGUAUGUAUGGAGUAAAAAGAAAAUUUUCUUUAGGAAUGUAGUAAAGUAAAAGUAGUCAAAAAUAGUAAAGUACAGAUACCCCCAAAAACUACUGAAGUAAUACUUUAAAAUAUUUUUACUUAAGUACUUAACACCACUGCGUGUACACACAUACAUAUAUAUAUAUAUAUAUAUAUAUAUAUAUAUAUAUAUAUAUAUAUAUAUAUAUAUAUAUAUAUAUAUACAUAUAUAUAUAUAUAUACAGGCAUACCAAUCAAACAGCGAGCAGUCCUUUGUGCCAUAGAAACCUCAUUAUCUGCGUCUCAUGCGGCACCUUAUCCCCCGAUCCCAUGUGAUUCUGGUCAAAGUAGUGCACUUCAUAGGGAAUAGGGUGUCGUGAGAUUUGGACAUUGUCUGUUUUUCUGCACUACUGUGUCACCCUGUCUGUUGUACACUUCCUAUUAGUUUUACCACUCCACAUCUGCAGAUAGCUGUAAAUAGCAAUUAGUUAUAUAGCUGGAGGUGGAUAUAGACUCGAUAGAGGAUUUAGGAACGUUAGGGAAUGGUGACAUCAUGGCCCUCUUCAAAGGAUUGUGGGUAGUGUGGUUCUCUUAGGAGUGAAAAGGUAGAGCUGCCAACUGUGAUUCCACAGUAUGUUAUUAGAAUCAGAGAAGGGAUGGGCACUGAGGAAGAUCUCUCACCUCAUUGGAUGAGCACCUGGGGGACUGGCCAGAGCCCAAAUGGGCGGAGUCCUCCAGAGAUGAACCAAUGUGAGGGUUUCUUUUUUUCACGUGUGUAGUUUUAGAGUGCUGGAUCCUGUCUUGAGAUCCACACACACAACUACUUUCCUCACAAAUAUAUCAAUAACAUGAUUUAUGUGAAAGUCUGAUUUUGUUGUAUGUCAAGUUACGAAUGGGUUCAAAGAGCAUUCCUAUAGUGACUCAGGAAUGGACAAAGAGCAUUCCUAUAAUGACUCAGGAAUGGACAAAGAGCAUUCCUAUAAUGACUCAGGAAUGGAUUCAAAGAGCAUUCCUAUAGUGACUCAGGAAUGGGUUCAAAGAGCAUUCCUAUAAUGACUCAGGAAUGGACAAAGAGCAUUCCUAUAAUGACUCAGGAAUGGGUUCAAAGAGCAUUCCUAUAGUGACUCAGGAAUGGACAAAGAGCAUUCCUAUAAUGACUCAGGAAUGGGUUCAAAGAGCAUUCCUAUAGUGACUCAGGAAUGGACAAAGAGCAUUCCUAUAGUGACUCAGGAAUGGACAAAGAGCAUUCCUAUAGUGACUCAGGAAUGGACAAAGAGCAUUCCUAUAGUGACUCAGGAAUGGACAAAGAGCAUUCCUAUAGUGACUCAGGAAUGGACAAAGAGCAUUCCUAUAGUGACUCAGGAAUGGACAAAGAGCAUUCCUAUAGUGACUCAGGAAUGGACAAAGAGCAUUCCUAUAGUGACUCAGGAAUGGACAAAGAGCAUUCCUAUAGUGACUCAGGAAUGGACAAAGAGCAUUCCUAUAGUGACUCAGGAAUGGACAAAGAGCAUUCCUAUAGUGACUCAGGAAUGGACAAAGAGCAUUCCUAUAGUGACUCAGGAAUGGACAAAGAGCAUUCCUAUAGUGACUCAGGAAUGGACAAAGAGGCUGCUGUAUGGCUGAAUCAAAACCAAGAUAGAAACACACAACAGAGCUGAUAUGAUUCUAGAAUAGAUUAUACAAGCCAGAGAGUUGUCUGUUCUACAUAGUUUCUACCUGAAAAAGCCCCUACAUCCUUUCACUGAUGUGUGUUAUCAGAAAGUCAUGUUGCUGGAAACUGGAUACUGGUCAUGUUGCAGAAGAGAAGUGGCACAAAGGACUAUGGGAAGAGUAGUUAAUUGAGUGUAGUUAAUCAGAAACAUGUUCUCGAAACUCAAGCCUACCAGGGAUGCAGUUUGGAAUUUUUGCAUCACCCCAGAUCAUACUAUCAGCCCAGAAACAACUCCUUGCCCUAGCAUUUCAAAUAUCUGAAGGGACUGGAUAGGGGACAGAGUUAACUAUUAGGCUUUAGGGAACUUCUGCCAUAUUGUUUACACUUGUCUGCUCUGCCAAACACAAAACGUGGAAGUGCCUCGAAGUUGUUUCUGGACCGGGCCUCUGAGGGGUGAAAUGACUUCUGGGUAGUGUAGUUCUACUAACCUCUGUCCUUCCCUCCCUGCAUGGCCCCAAUAAGUGUUCCCAGCCAGCAUGAGAACCAAUAAGGAUGCAAACUGUGAAAUUAACAUAUUUGUAUUUUAUUAUUAUUCUUCUGCAUUAAUAAUGGCUUUGGUUUGAAAAGUGUAACUGUUUUUAAUCUCAUUGUUUUUGUAAACAUUUUUGUUUGGACCUUUUUUUUAACAUAAUGAUCAUGUAUAGACUUAUUUUAUUUUUAAGAUAGUUGUUAUUAUAAUGAAUUAUUAUUCUAGCUAUUUAUUCUAGCAAUAGUCUUCCAACUAUAAUGUACUGUGGCAAUGCAUCCUAACUAUAAGAUAUUAUGUAUAUGAAGAAAUUAUCAUAUCGACUCUGCAAAAGGAUUUUCUUAAUAAAAACAACAGUUAAGA